CCCAGGAAUUAAUCCUCCAUGUUUUAUCUAGAAAUUAAAGUAGUGAUUACUAUGACGGAACAAUACUUUCCAUCGGUUUAUUCAUAACAACUUGCUCAUCUCAUCAUGUCGGAAAAAGUUACGUGAAACUUGAGAAAUUAUUAGAACUACAAAGUAAAAUUUAAUUAAAAUAGGCUUAUAUAAAUUAAUUAUAUGUUACAUACAUAUAAAGAUAUCCUUUACUUUUUCUUCAAUUGUGCAACGAAAUUAAUCGGCGCGAAAAUGACACGUAAAGAACCGAAACUUUGUAAACAUUUAUGAUGAUGCUUACUAACUAAAAAUAUUCUAUAAAUAUUUCACCUGCCUAAAUGGUCGAGAACAGAAGAAUAAUGGAUUUGAAUUGUUAAAGAAUGACGUAUCAGAUGCUUUGAUAAAUAUAGUAUUUGUGGUAUUUGGAAGAAAAUGAAAUUCUAACACAAACGAAGAUUCAAUUACAAUUUCUGAUUCGUGUAUGUAAAGUGAAAAAUAUACUGCAUUUAUAUUUUUAUAAAAAUAUUUUUUUUGUACAAUGGAUUCUGAGGGUUCUGUUAUAUUGGAAUCAUGCGGAGAACAUUCAAUUUUAAUUCAAACAGUAAAAGACAUGGUUAAUGUAAAUACACAUACUGAAUUACAAAGUGAGGAAGGAGGAUUUUUUGUAGUAACAGAUGUUCAAGAUGAACAACAAAAUGUGAUAGAAGUUUCAAAUGAGCAAUCAACAGUAGGACAGUCUGAUGUACAACUUUCGUGGUCUAAUUUAUGUAGAAUAUGUGCAAAUGUCAAUGAUCAUUUAAUCCCAAUAUUUGAAGGAGAAGGUCUACAACAUGACUUAUGCAAUAAAAUACAUAAAUAUUUACCAAUAUGUGUAUCUGAAAAUGAUGCACUUCCAUUACAAUUAUGUUACCAUUGUGCUGCUACAUUAUUAGCAUGGCAUGAACUAUUAGAAGGAUGUCUGAAUGCAGAAAGAAGAUUAUUAGAAAUGCAAGAUGCUUUGCAAGAAAAACAGGGUAUAGAAGGAUUAGAAACUUCUACACAGGAUACAACAUCUGCAUCUAAUGUGACAGAAUCACUUCAUCAACAGCAAGAAACUGUAAAGGAUGAAGUCUCUGGAAAUUCAGCUGUUAAUGAUUCAGACAGGUUUGGUCUACUUCAGAAGAAAUCCUUCACGACAUAUUGCUCAUGGCAGCAAGCGAAUGAGAUGAAUUCUAAAGAAAGUAUAAAAGAAAAAAUUAAUGAUGACAGUGAUCAUUCAUUUGAAAGUUAUUACAAUACAGAUUUAAACAUGACAGAAAUGGUGAAAGUAAUGCUACCUUCUUUGAGAGAAAUAAAAAAUCAAUAUACGUGCAAACACUGUCGACGAAUUUUUGAAAGAAAAUACCACUUAUCCCGACAUAUACUGCAAUGUAAAACUGGCAGCUUCACUGAACGCACUAUAUCAAAUGCGAAAGAUGUAGAUGAAACAGAAGAUAAAGAUAUGAAAAACGAAAAUCGAAAAGGUCUAAGAUUGUUCCAAAAAUAUAAAAAGAAUAAAGUUGAAACGUAUCCAUGCAUAUAUUGCGAUUAUACAGUCAAACAAAAAAAAUUGCUCGAACUACAUUUGUUGGAAUCGCAUUCAGAGUUUAGCAGAAAGAAGGACAAAAAAUUAAAAUGUGCCGAUCGAGAAAUGGUUAUGCGCGCCAAAAUGGAAAUCGAUGGAAAAGUUUAUUAUCAUUGUAACGAAUGUGGUAAAAAUCUUUAUUCGCCGUAUACGUUCUUCUGGCAUGUGCGUAUACAUACUGGAGAACGACCAUAUACUUGUCAUCUUUGUGGCAAACAGUUUCGUAUAAAUCAAGGACUAGCGAGACACUUACGAGAUACGCAUGCAGGCAUAAAAAAUUUUCCAUGUGACAUAUGCGGUCGAAUGUUUUCGACAAAACGUAGCGCGGAAGAUCAUAAACGUAUUCAUACUGGUGAACGACCAUAUAUUUGUAAUAUUUGUGGAAAAUCAUUCAAACAAAAGGCUUCUCUAUUUGUACAUAAUCGCACUCAUUCAGAUGUGUUUCCUUUUAAAUGUAAUUACUGCGAUCAGAACUUUCGAACGAGACCAUUACUCAUGUUGCAUGUAAAGAAACAUACAGGUGAAAAGCCACACGCAUGCGACAUAUGCGAUCGACGGUUCCGUAUAAAAUACGAGCUAAAGCGUCAUCGUUUAAUUCACUUUGAUGAUAAACCGUGGCAAUGCACAGAAUGCAAUCUCUCGUUCCGACAGAAACGCUAUUUAGUUAAUCAUAAGAAAGUUAAUCAUAAGUUUGCGGUUCCUAUGAAAUAAUAGAGAAAACUCUCUUUUCAGGUGUAAGUAUCAAAUGACUGAAAUCGAUGUAAAACACGAGUCAAGCAAUUUGUGUAAUAAUGAACACCAAAAUGAUGGUGUUCGAAUACAAGUAUUGUCAGAGACUGAUAUUAAUAUUAACAAAAACCAAAGAACAGAAUCUCAAAGUAACUUGGGAAUUGCUUCUAAAAAAUAUAAAAAACACAUUUCAUCAAAACGAACUUUGGAACAACGAAUUGAAUUAGCUCAUUCGAAAAUGAUGGUCAAUGGAUUUACGUACUAUAAAUGUGAUCAUUGUCAGAAAAUACUUUCAACCUCGUACAAUUUUUUAAUUCAUCUAAAUAUUCAUACUGGAGAAAAACCGUAUACGUGCCACGUUUGCGAAAAAGGUUUUCGUUCAGCAUCUGGUUUGAACAGACACGUGCAUGACGUUCACGCGAGAAUAAAGAAGUUCUCUUGCGAUAUAUGCGGUCGAUGUUUGGCCUCCAAAGCUUCGCGAGAUGAGCACAGAAGAACUCAUACAGGAGAAAGACCCUAUAUAUGCGAAAUUUGUGGGAAGUCGUUCAAACAGAGGGCAUCUCUGCACGUUCACAAAUCAUUCCAUUCAAUAGUUCUUCCGCAUGAAUGCUCCUUAUGCAGUCAAAGGUUUAAGAGAAAACAAGAAUUAGAUAACCAUACUUUCAUCCAUACCAAACAGAAACCUUAUUCUUGCGAUGUCUGUGGCAAACAAUUUCGUAGUAAAGGCUGUAUUAGUCGUCAUAAACGUACUCAUAAUAAUCAAGGGUCCUAAAUUUAUCCCGUAUGCAAUGCAAAGUUCAGUUAAGGACGUUACUUGAAGAGUCACAGCAAGAAUUUGCAUAAAACUUCGCAUUC